GAACCGAACCGACAGUUGUAAAUGAGUGCUAUGUAUCGUCUAAGCAGAAUUGCGGCUCCGGAUUGGUGCUGAGAACUGUUAGAAUGGUAACGGUGGUGGUAUUGUUCAAAGACUUGCUACCUAACGCGCAAAAGUGGAAAGGUAAUUCAAAUUCGAAGAAGGGGGUCCUUUCUUUUCACUCGCUUGGCAGGUUAACCAGUUAGCGAAAUGGUUAAAUGUGUACAUGGUAGGAAGUGGACAGGAUACGCACGUGGUAGUGUGACAGCUGGUCGUGAUUGUAAAUAGUGAAUAUAUAGUAACUUGUAGUUCAUUAAUUAAAAUUUGAUUCCUAUCAUUUCGAAAUGGGUGAAUCAAAUCGCGAAAAUAAAACUAAAAAGGACGAUGCUUCGAGUACAAGUACUUCUUCGGGUGUUAAAAUGAAGAAAGAACUGUCUUUGCUCGACGGGGUAGCAAUUAUUGUUGGGGUAAUAAUAGGUGCUGGUAUCUUCGUGUCUCCAAAAGGAGUUUUGAAAUUUUCAGGCUCUGUGGGAGAAGCGCUAAUAGUUUGGAUCCUUUCUGGACUUCUCUCAAUGAUAGGAGCGCUUUGUUAUGCAGAAUUAGGAACCAUGAUACCAAAAUCCGGAGGAGAUUAUGCCUACAUUAUGGAAGCCUUUGGAGCGUUACCAGCCUUCCUGUACCUCUGGGUGGCUUUAUUCAUUUUGGUGCCUACUGGAAACGCAAUCACAGCCAUAACUUUCGCGCAAUAUAUUUUACAGCCUAUCUGGGGAACUUGUCCAGCACCAUAUGAAGCAGUUCGUCUUCUUGCGGCAGCUACAACUGAUUUUUGAGGUUUUCGUUUGGGAGUUAUCAAUUGUUACAACGUCAAGUGGGUGACUAGAGUUCAGGACAUCUUCACGGCAACCAAAAUGUUUGCACUUCUGAUUAUCGUAAUAGCUGGCAUAUACUACGUAUGCGUAGGGCACGUCGAACACUUCCGGGAACCAAUGGAGGGAACCAACUGGGAUCCGGGACACAUUGCACUUGCCUUUUAUUCCGGACUCUUUUCGUAUUCCGGCUGGAAUUAUUUGAACUAUGUCACCGAAGAGUUGAAAGAUCCACACAAAAAUCUUCCGAAGGCGAUUUACAUUUCUAUGCCGGUAGUAACGACCGUUUAUGUCAUAACAAACGUGGCUUAUUUCGUGGUGCUGAGUCGAGAUGACAUACUAUCAUCCGAAGCAGUUGCUGUAACUUUUGCCGAUAAAAUGCUCGGAUCGUUUUCCUUCAUUAUGCCGUUUUUUGUCGCAUGCUCAACUUUUGGAUCGCUCAACGGGGCUAUUUUUGCGUCUUCCAGGCUUUUCUUCGUGGGUGCUCGGGCUGGUCAUCUACCCAGAGCCAUAUGCCUUAUCGAUGUUAAAAGACUGACUCCAGUACCUUCACUGGUUUUUAUGUGCCUCAUAACCCUAGUUCUAGUGAUGAUCGAAGACGUGUACGUAUUAAUAACGUACGUAUCCUUCGUCGAAGCGCUCUUCAUCACUUUGAGUAUCGCUGGUCUGAUCUACAUGCGAAAGACCAACCCUGACGCUAGCCGGCCCAUCAAAGUCAGCCUCAUUCUACCAAUUACGUUUCUGAUAACUUGUGCCUUCCUCGUAACGUUCCCAUGUUACGUCAGUCCCGUUGAAGUAGGUGUAGGUAUUGCAUUCAUACUGUGUGGUAUUCCAGUGUAUUAUUUAACGAUAGGUUGGACUACCAAACCUGUGCGGUUGAAUAAAUUUUUCAAUGACUUCAAUAACGCUUGUGCCAAACUCUUCAUGUGCGUUCCCGCAGAAGAUGAUAAAUAUUUUGAGUAGGUCGGGAAGAGGAUUCAUUCUCAGGGGUCGACUCAAACGGAUUCUCGAGCAAGAGGGAAGUUCUACUCCAGCUGAGGAAUUUAUCGAAUAUGCAGUUGUUGAAAUCUCUGUUCAUGGAUAUUUCAUGGUUCUCUCCAAAUUAUCAAUUGUAACUUUCAGGUUGAUCAACCAAAUUUGAUAUUGUGAUCAGAGCUAAUCAUAAGCCUUUUCAGGUCAAUUAAGUUUUGAGUAAUGUAGGUACUGUUCAGUUUUUCAAGUACUUAUUGUUUCUUUGGCCAAUGAAUCGGUUAGACCAAACAAAACUC